AUGGCUGAACAACUACAAGACCUCGAAGACUAUAUUCAAUACCAAUUCGAUGACAUCCCGUCGUUCAAGCUAGCCGUAUUCCUGAAUUCAGAGGAGAUCAAAGUGAAGACAGUGGUUGGGGAGGUUGAGGAGAACCUCAUCUCCACCCUCAUCUCCAGUGUCCACGACCAUCAAACCCCCGAGAAUUUCCACCUUGGCUCUCAUAUUUUCUCGAAGGACACCCUGAAAUCCAACGAGAAACUUCUGGAAUACUCAUCUGAAUCCGAUUCUCCACGUGUGUUCGUUGUGAAGAGAAAUGAUAAUUUAUUGAUUGUUUAUUGUUGUGGAACCAGUUGUGAGAAGGAUCAAGGACGGGUGAGGGAAUUGAUGUUGGAGUUGUUGUAUUGA